AUGUCCGUGAAACACGCCAUCAGCCGGGGGCUCGAGCUGGGCCGGUCGGUCCUUCAGCUGGGUCUCCUUAAAUCCGGGGGCCGAGUCGCAGCAAAGCUCCGAGCUGACCGUUUCCGUGUAGGCCCGUCGGUCCGCACCGUUCAGCCUCAGGCUUUCCUGCCGUCUCGGUACCGGUAUUACCGCACCUCUCUGAGGGGCCUAGCAGCCCAGCUACAGUCCGCCGGCUUCAGAAGGAGGUUCACCGGAGCGUCCCCGAGGAACAGGGCCGUGUUUCUGGCUUUCGGUCUCGGUGUGGGGCUCAUUGAACAACAGCUGGAAGAUGACAGAAGGAGCGCAGCCACAUGUGAGGAGAUCCAGGCAGUGUUUAGGAAGAAAAGAUUCCAGAGCCCACUCGAGCCUUUCCCCUCUGGAUAUAAACUGGAGGAUUACAUCAUUGGGAAUCAGAUUGGGAAAGGCUCCAACGCUGCUGUGUACGAGGCUGCAGCUCGGUUUGCCCCUCAGAAGGAGAGUAUCAGCGAGUGCACCCCGGUGCAGCUGAGAGAGGAAGAAGAGGAGAGGGAGACUCCUCGAUCUCUGACAUGCUGCUCGCUGAGAUCCUUCCCUAUGGCUAUCAAGAUGAUGUGGAACUUUGGGGCGGGGUCGUCAAGUGAGUCGAUAUUAAAGUCCAUGUCACAGGAGCUGGUGCCUGCUGGCCCCCUGGCCUUACAGCCAGAGAGAGAACAGAUCACUCUGGAUGGACAAUUUGGAGUCCUGCCCAAAAGAGUGUCAGCGCACCCUAAUGUAAUCAGAGUGUACCGGGCUUUCACAGCCAACGUCCCACUGCUACCAGGUGCCCAAGAAGAGUAUCCAGAUGUCCUGCCCGCCAGGCUCAACCCGGCUGGUCUGGGCAGCAAUCGCACUCUUUUCCUCGUCAUGAAGAAGUACCCCGGCACGCUGCGACAGUACCUGGAAAUGUCCACACUGGGCCGCAGGCAGGGCUCUCUGAUGAUGCUGCAGCUCCUGGAGGGUGUCGACCACCUGUGCAGACAGGGUGUUGCUCACAGGGAUCUCAAAUCGGACAACAUACUGUUGGAGUUUGACUCAGACGGAUGCCCUCGUUUAGUGAUUACCGACUUUGGCUGCUGUCUGGCCGAGAGUGACUCUAAUCUACAGCUGCCCUUCAACAGCAUGUGGGUCAGCAGAGGAGGGAACGCUUCCCUAAUGGCUCCUGAGGUAUCCACUGCAGUCCCAGGGUGCGGUGUGGUGAUUGACUACAGCAAGGCGGACGCCUGGGCUGUGGGCGCCAUCUCCUAUGAGAUAUUCGGUCAGCGUAACCCGUUCUAUCGACCGCUGGGACUGGAGAGCAGGAGCUACCAGGAGAAGCAGCUUCCUCCACUGCCCUCCAGUGUUCCCGCUGACGUGCAGCUCGUGAUCCGACUACUUCUCAGGAGGAACCCCAACAAGCGCCCCAGUGCCCGUGUGGCCGCUAACAUGCUACAUCUCAGCCUCUGGGGACGGAAGGCCCUGGCCAACCAGGACAGCGUUGGCAUGAAGAAGCUGGCUGAUUGGCUGCUGUGCCAGUCUGCUGUGGUUCUCCUGAAGGGCUGCAGCGGACCCAGUGGGAACAUGGUGGAGGUGGAGCUUCAGAGGAGCUUCCUGUCCAACCUGGACCUGGAGGACCUGCGUACCGCUGUGGGCUUCCUCCUGUACGGGAGGGAGCAGCGUCAGGCCUGCAUUCUGUCUGCGUAGAUCCACUAUCACUCAUCCAGACACACAGAUUAAGAGUCUUUGAUGUGUGUAGACCGGGAGUUAGAACUGACAUUUAAAACUGUGAGACAUCUUUGUAAUAUUUAUAGUCUUGGCCUUUAAAUCUAAUAACUAUUAAGACAAACGCCACACACUGUUAUAUGUCAUCUGUGACUGUCAGUGUGUCCCAGCAGUUAUUAUGAAUUAUCAAAUGGUGUAAUUCACCCCUAAAGUAGUGCUGUCAAUGCUGUUGAAAUUCCUGACAUGCUUUUCACACCAUGUGUCUGCACAAACUCAGCAUCUCUACUCAAAGUGCGACGAGUGCCCCUUUAUGCACAUUGCAACAGGUCUUGCGGGUGCAUUACAUCAUAGAUAAUGAAUGCUACUGUUGGUGGAGGAAAAACUUUAAUAUCUCUGGGUUUUCUAUAGUUAAUUUCUCCUUAAAUGAGUUUGUUGUUCGUCAGCACGAAACAGCUAAACUGGCCAAAAAAUGCAACGUACCAAUGGCUACGAGUAAUUCUGUUUUAAGAGUGAACGUUUUCUUUUAUAAGCUCUGAUGCACUUUUUCGAUAUUUGCUGAGACUGACCCAACACUACUGCUGUCACCUGGGUGCUUGGCUAAGACUGGUCUGUGUAGAAGUUCAGCACUGAUAAAGCUGAGGGCCAAUGCAGAUAUUUUACAUUACUGACAUUAAUUGUCAAACCCUACUGUGUAGGUAAGUUUUAGAUAUUCACAGGGAUCAUGCGGCCCUUAGACAGCUUGUUCAUCCAUCAGAUUGUCAGCGUAAGGUCAUGAGCCAAACGAUCAUGUGUUAACCCAUGCUGUACAACGUAAAAACCUCCCCCACAUGUCACUACAAAGUUCUCACAAUGAUGAGGGUACAUAGCAUGGAUCAUGAGUAUUAAUUUUGUUCCUGUGGUUUGCACUUUAUGUCGACGUUUGCACUUGCUCAGAGCCGUUGUAAUGGCUUCCUGGUGUUUGUUGCUAGCUUACCUACAACAUAAUACUUAUUAUAUUCUGGUACUUUAUUUAAAAAAUAAUGAUUUGAGUAAAGUGAUUUAGCCUGUCAGACUUCACUAUGCUCUGUUCUCAAAACUAGUCGCAGCAAGUCUGUCAUAACAGGCAUAAUUAAAUAUCAUAAUCAUGUGGUCAGUGAGGGAUACAAGAUAUAGAGGGUGUGAGUUUUGAUACUAAAGAUGGCGAGAAAUAUUUUGGAUAUAUGUAGAUUUUUCUGCCGUGUUUCAGAAUAAAAAUAUCUGUUGGAAAAGA